CAUGAGUGCAAGAAAACCCCUGAAAAUGACAGCAUUCUUGGUUUUCCACAAAUUUCUACUCCGCCAUCCACUCCUGCACACAUUCCCGAAACUGACAUGCCAGACCCACAAGAACCUGACAUGCCAGAACCACAAGCACAACCUGACAUGCCAGAACCACACACUCCUGUCAUGGCAGAACCACAACCCAGAAUAGCAUUCCUCCAUGGACAAGCAAAGACAACACCACUAGGUCCGGAGGAAGAAUGCCUGUUGACUAGCCUUGUCCGCAGGAAACUCCAGUCAUCUGCCAACAAGAAAUUUCUAGUGUGUAAAACUGGAGGCCAGCCGAUGUGUUUUAACAAACACAUCAAACCUCGCAAGCCAACUGACAAGGUAUCUUCUCCUAUAAAACGUUUGCGAUCAAGAGAGAUUGAAAAAACACGCAAGUUCGUCAGUGGAGGGAAGUCUCUUCUGCAACUUGGAAGAGAGCUCCGUGUCAAGAACAAAAUAUCGAAGCAGCUAAUACUAGAUCAUGCAGGACUUAAAGUCGCCAAAUUGGAAAGACAUCUGCAAUUGGCAAUGAAAUCGACGGUUGGUCUUUCUUGGAGACAGUCAAGAAAGUUAAAAAAGUUUUUCAAAGCAAUAGGGGUCAAAUAUGAAGGCGAAGGGGCGGCAAGAGAUUUACAGAAAUCACUUGUAGGUGACAACAUCCGUGCAGAGAUGGUUUUGUUCCAAGUGAGAGAUGACCAUUCUUCCGACAGCAUUGGUGGUUACACCCUAAGGAAGGCUCCAUACGCAUAUGCAGUUAGCCUGGAAAACUUGGUCUGUGAUCACUUGGAUGCCCAUCUUAAGCUUGGUAAUUUGAGGUGGCAUGGAAACAUGCCAAAAGAUGAGAUUUGGUUAAAGAUUGGCGGUGAUAAGGGAGGGGACACAGUCAAGCUAGAGUUCCAAAUAGCAAAUGUGGAGAACCCAAAUGCUGCUGCAAAUACAAUUGUAUAUUGCUAUUAUGAAGGCAGCGACAGUUACACGAACUUGCAGAUAGCCUUUGACAGGUUCAAGGAAGACCUAAAAAAUCUGCGACUCUCUGCAUGGAGCGACAAGGAAAUCAGAAUGUUCCUUUUUGGCGACUACGAGUUUUUAACUAAGGUUUACGGGCUAAGCGGAGCAUCUGGUCGUCAUCCCUGCCUUUGGUGUGAAGUGACCAGUCAGGAGAUGCAAACUCCGUUGGGUGCAAGAGGACAUGCAGCAAAACGAUCAAAGCACACAUUAACUCGUGAUCACCGUCGAUUCUUGAAUGAAGGAAAGGGGAUGAUAAAAGAUGCCAAAAACUACAACAAUGUCAUCAAUGAAAAACUAAUUGGUAUUCGUUUAAACCAGGUGUGUGUCCCCUACCUCCACAUUCUGCUGGGUGUUGUUAAGAAGCACCAUGAAAUGCUAGAAGAGGAAUGCCACACCCUCGAUCUGCUAAUUGCAGAAGACCAGGCCAGGCAUGGUGGUCUUACCAAUGAGGAAGGCCUUUAUGCCACCUAUGUUGAGAGUGUAAGGCGCUUACAGAAAUUAGAAAGCAGAAUCAGCCGGAAGAAAGCUGUUCUUGAACAGUAUGAUGAGAAUACCACAAUAGGACAGCUUGCUCAGCAAACUGGAGACAAAAGAUCAUUAGAAAAAAGAAUAGAAAAGCUUGAAAAAGAAAAGACAGACUUGCAAAAAACUGCUGUGUUACAUAAAGGAACAGGGAAGGUGGCAUCAGAGCUGGAUGUCGUGCUGAACCGACACAAUAUCUGCAGACAAGCCUAUCAUGGGAAAAGUUUCAUUGGAAAUCACUGCGCACAUUACCUCAAGCCUGUAGUCUUUGAAGAUCUAGGAACAAGUCUUAUGGAAAAAACAGCAGAACUAAGUGGUGACGCUGACAUUAACCGAAAGGCUGAAGUUAUUGCUGAAAAAUUCAACACCCUGAAUUCCUUGCUUUCUGAAGUUCAUGAGAAGGUUGGCCACGCCAAGCCAGUCCCUGAAGACGAGAUACAGAUGAUCGAAGUGUGCAUUCAGAAAUAUCUGAAUUUCUACCGAAGACGACUCAAAGGAAGAAUCUUCCCAAAGCUUCAUUUUCUUGAAGACCACGUUGUUGCAUGGAUAAAGUUAUGGGGCUUUGGUAUGGGUCUGAUGGGGGAACAAGGCGGCGAGUCAAUCCAUGCAGAAAUUAACAGAAUUCAGAGGAUUAACUGUGCAGUUUCGAACAAACUUCAAAAGUAUGCUUCUAUACUAAAAGAGCACCAUACUCACAACCAUCCAGAACUGAAGAAGAAGGGAGCCGAGGUGUGCGGAUCGAAUCAGAAAAAGGGAACAGGAAAGCUUAAGAAGACAGACAAUUUGGAUGACUAGUUUGAACACUUAUACACCUGCUUGGUCAUUGA